AACAGGAAGGGCAAAGAGGAUAUCGAGGAAUUUAAUAGGAUAUCUCUUUUAACCUUUCACGUUCUAAUCAACACUGAUAAAGUUGGAUUUUCAUGGUCGGCAUGGGAUAAACAUCCAAAAUCAAAGCAAUAUAAAAAACAUCGCACUAUAUUUUAAAUAACUACGGGGGCAGACUCGGGAGCAAGUAAAAUCUGUCUCCACCACCCUCCCUUGGAUGGGAAGUCAAGAGAUAUUUCCAUGUAUUCAUUUCAUUUCCAAUAAGUCCAUAAUUUUUAAAAUUGCAGAUACCCCAAAAGUCAAGCUAAAUCCUGAAUGGAAACUAUUAAAUGCCAAUAAUAUUGUAGCUAUCCAGAUUCAGACAACAAAUUCUAGAAAGAAAAAUUCAAAGCAAUAUCAAAUUAGUCGUCACUUACAUGGGUUAUUGAAUUUGGUCGUAUAGGAUGGCUUCUAGGCACUCCGACUUGACUGUAAAAGGCAGUGGGAAACCGCUUGAUGCAGAGGUGGUAUUGUAUGUUGUGAUCAAAAUCCUUGAAGAGUUUCUGCUUAUUUGUACAGCAGUUGUGAAUACGAGUGUCAAUUAGUUAAGCGAGGAUGGAUAGGUCGACAUGGACUCUGGUUUUGGUUAACCUGGCGGGAAUAAUGGAGAAGGCAGACGAGGCCUUGUUGCCUGGGGUGUACCGUGAGGUGGGGCUGGCAUUACAUACAUCUCCAACAGGGCUUGGCUCUCUCACUCUAUUGAGAUCAUUGACCCAGGCCGCUUGUUUUCCUGUGGCGGCAUAUCUUGCGGUUCAUCACAACAGAGCCCAUGUGAUUGCUUUGGGGGCAUUCUUGUGGGCAUUUGCUACAUUUCUGGUUGGGAUAUCCACUACUUUUCUUCAGGUAGCAGUGUCAAGGGCAUUGAAUGGGAUUGGGCUUGCAAUAGUUGUGCCUGCAAUUCAGUCACUUGUGGCUGAUUCAACAGAUGAUGGAAAUCGUGGAAUGGCUUUUGGCUGGCUGCAAUUUACUUCCAAUAUUGGGACUAUACUCGGAGGUCUUGUUUCUGUUUUAUUGGCUGCAACAACAGUAAUGGGAAUUCCUGGCUGGAGGGUAUCUUUUCACCUAGUUGCAGUACUAAGUGUUUUGAUUGGAAUUUUUAUUCGACUAUUUGGGGUGGACCCAAGGUUUUCAAAUGGUGCAAUGCCAACAUUGGAGAAUAAUGAAAUGAAAGGUGUUUCACCAUUACGGUCAAAUCUGAAGACGCUAAUUCUAGAAGCAAAGAAAGUAAUGCAUAUUAAGACUUUUCAGAUAAUUGUAGCACAAGGAGCCGUAGGAUCAUUUCCUUGGUCAGCACUUUCAUUUGUACCUAUGUGGCUAGAACUCAUUGGGUUCUCUAAUCAGAAGACAGCUUUUCUUAUGGGUAUUUUUGUUGUUGCUGGUUCCUUGGGUGGAUUGUUUGGAGGGCGAAUGGGUGACAUUCUUUCUAGAUAUCUUCCAAAUGCUGGCAGGAUAAUCCUUUCUCAGAUAAGUUCAGGUUUGGCUAUACCUUUGGGAGCAGUUUUGCUGCUAGUUUUACCUGAUGAUCCAUCUACUGGUGUGGCACAUGGAUUUAUGUUCUUUAUCAUAGGAUUUUGCAUAUCAUGGAAUGCCGCUGCCACCAAUAACCCUAUAUUUGCUGAAAUUGUUCCUCAGAAGUCCAGAACAAGCAUCUAUGCAUUGGAUCGAUCUUUUGAAUCAGUAUUAGCAUCAUUUGCGCCACCAAUAGUUGGCAUUCUUGCUCAACAUGUUUAUGGCUACAGACCUGUUCCUCAAGGUACUACUAAAGUUGCUGAGGUAGAAACAGAUAGGGAGAAUGCUGCUUCAUUGGCACAGGCACUUUAUACUUCUAUUGCUCUUCCGAUGGCUUUGUGCUGUCUCAUAUACACAUUACUUUAUCGCACAUAUCCAAAGGAUCGUGAUAGAGCACGUCUUGAAUCUCAGUUAGAAUUGGAGAUGGGGCAGAUUGGAAUUCACACACUGGAUUCACCUGAUUACCUUAGUGUUCAAACUCAUGAGCAGGAUGACGAUGAUGAGAAGAGAUUGCUUGUUCUAGAGACAAGAGAGGCAGAACAUAUGCUCACAAAUGAUAUUUAAAUAACUUAAGUGAAGAACUUCAAUCCGAUGAAGUCCUGAAUGCAGUUCCUAUUCAGCUUGUAUAUUAUUUCAAGUUGUUUGUUGGCAAUUCAUGCAAUCCAUUGUUUUGACAUUCAAUCUGAUUCUUAAGCCAGAUUUAUGCUCUUUCAGUGCAAUCGGAAGCAACUCUGGCUGAUUGCUGUGUAUGUGGAAUUGUAUUCCAUGUGCUUGCCUUAAAAUAUUUGGAUCAAAUUCUUUGUGGUGCUAAUAUCCCCAUCCUUCUUUUCUUUGAUGGAAUGGUUCAAUGUUCAUGUUAGUGUUUCUUUAGCAAGCCACCUUCUUGUGAUGUAACCAUGCCAGGUAUCAUAGAUUUUAUCUAUGAACAUUGGACCAUUCUGGAUGUAUUAUAUUAUGGUAAGUGCCUUCAUAUUGGUCCAA